CUGGAGAGCGAUAACAGUGGGUGUGGAGGCCUGGGUGAGUCCCACUGAGGGGCAGGGCCUCUGAGUUUCAGGAAGACUAUACCUGAGCGGCCGCCUGUCUGGAUCCAGUGCACGAAGCGAAGCCCUGUGCGGCUCCACGUCAGAGGACAACAUGCAGAGCAUGACUUCUCCUAGAGGCCGCGUCCUCUCUGAGGACCAGUUCAGCUGCUCCAUCUGUCUGGAGGUGUUCGUGGAGCCGGUUUCCACACCGUGCGGCCACAGCUUCUGCAAGGCCUGCCUGAUGGGCUACUGGAAUAACAGCAAGAAGUUCACCUGCCCCAUGUGCAAAAAGACCUACAGCCAAAAGCCCGAGAUGAGUGUCAACAGGGUCCUGGCAGAAAUCUCCUCCCAGUUCCAGGGGCUGGUGAUGAGCGGAGGCAUGGGCGAAGGUGGAAGCAUGUCAAUGGGAUCCACGCUGAGCCUGAGUCCAGACGCAGGCCACGGGGGCUUUUCAGGGGUGGAAACCGGGGAGUUCGCCCGCGAUGGGGAGGUGCCAUGUGAUGCGUGUAUUGGCAGGAAGUUAAAGGCACACAAGUCCUGCCUGAACUGUCCUGGCUCUUUCUGUGAGACCCACCUCAGAAAUCAUAAAAAGGCACAGUCUUCUCAUCGUAUGAUCGAGCCCAUUUUCCACGUGGAAGAGAAGGCCUGCAGGAAACACGCGCGCCUCAUGGAGCUGUACUGCCGCACGGACCACGUCUGCAUCUGCAAGGCCUGCGCAGAUGUCACGCACAAGUCACACGACAUCGUCCCCGUCGACCAGGAGUGGAGGAGGAAGAUGAGUACUGUGGGAAAGAAGAGGUCUGAGCUCAAACAUCUGAUCAAGGAAAGGUCAAAGAAGCUUGAGGAGAUCAAACAGUCCAUAAAGGUGAUCAAGGCCGGCGCCCAGAAGGAGCUGGAGGAGAGCUGGCAGGUGUACGCCGAGCUGCAGCGCCUGGUGGAGCAGAGCCAGGCGGAGCUGGUGGAGCUGAUCGCCACCCGGCAGCGCGAGGCCGAGCGCCACGCUCAGGAGCUGGCCCGGGGUCUGGAGAACGAGCUCAGCCAGCUGAGGCGCAGGAGCAACGAGCUGGACGCCCACGCCGAGCGCCAGGACAAGGUGGUGUUCCUGCAGAAGCUGGCAAAGCUCUCACCCCCGCCGGAGCCCACUGAUUGGUCAGCGGUCAGCAUCAACACUGACCUCUACCUGGGAACCAUCCGCUCGUCUGUCAGCAGCCUCAUAGACAAGUUCCAGGAGGAGCUUAAGAGACUGUACGGGAAAGAGCUCCGAAAGGUGCAGAACUACUCAAGUGAGGUGAUUUUGGAUUCUUCCACGGCCCAGAGGAGCCUGGUCGUGUCCGAUGACGGUUACCAGGUGAAGUACGAAGAGCGGAAGGUCUCCCACUCCGAGGGCCCCAAACGCUUCAGUCCUGCCAUAUUUGUCCUGGGCCGAGAAGGCAUCAGCUCCGGACGCCACUACUGGGAGGUGGACGUGAGCCGUAAGACGGCAUGGACGCUCGGCGUCACCCGCGCUUCAGCCAAUCGCAAGGGUGAGAUCAAGCUGAGCCCCGAGGGCGGAUACUGGUGCCUGUGGCUGAAGAACGGGGCCAUAAAGGCGCUGGCGUCGGCCCGUCUGCCUCUCAUGCUGCCGUCCCACCCCGGCAAAGUGGGAAUCUACCUGGACUACGAUGGAGGCCAGGUUUCCUUCUAUGAUGUGAAGGCGCGUUUGCAUAUCUACACCUUCAUCGAUACGUUCAAUGAGAGCCUGUACCCAAUCUUCAGCCCCUGUCUCAACCAGGAUGGGAGGAAUUCUGCUCCUCUCAUUAUAACCCCAGUUAAACACUCCCUUGUGCUGAAAAUGACCCUCCCUCUCCGCCGUGUAGGAAUGGCCACCACUGGGAACCUUUCUGAAGAGCAGGUGCACUGCUCCAUUUGUCUGGACGUCUUCACGAACCCUGUAUCCAUUCCCUGUGGGCACAACUUCUGCCAGAGCUGCAUCCUGGGAUACUGGAAAACCAGCCCCUUGUAUCAGUGUCCGAUGUGCAAGAAGUCCUUCCACAAAAGGCCUGACAUUAGCGUCAACACGGUGCUGAGGGAAAUUGCAGAGCAGUUCAAGGAGAUCAGGGUUAGAGGUGUGGAAGGAAAGGUGAGCAAAGAGGCCGAGGGGCAGGAAAAGAAGUUUACAAUGGAAAGGAAGAAACAGGACGAUGAAGAGAGACUUCUGGAGCAAGACCAGCGGCAGCAGCUUCUGGGAGAGCUGAGGCAGAAACAAGAGGUUGAGAGGAAAAAGACGGAGGGGUUAAAGGAGAGUCCAGGAGGUGGGUCAGCGCAAGAGGAUUUACCACCAUUACUCCGAACGCUCCCAAGCCCCCAAACCUCUCCUCCACCAUCACCGAUGUUCAAGGCCACCUCCCACCCAGCAGCUCAGGACGCUGCAAUGCUGCUGCCCCAAACAUCAGCCUCAGCCACACAUCAAAUCCCUGCCGCUCCAUCGCCUCAACCCUCGCCUUCAACUCCGACCUUUGCACUGCCUCCUCCGUCCUGGGAGGAGGUUUUGUGUGACGUCUGCCUCGGGGAAGGUCGCCCCAAAGCCAUCAAAUCGUGCCUGGUUUGCCUGACGUCCUACUGCGAGGAGCAUCUGAAAUCCCACGCCGCCAGGUUCACCAAGCACAAGCUAAUGGAGCCCGUAGCCAACAUGGAAGACAGGAUGUGCCCGAAGCAUGAAAGACUCCUGGAGCUGUUCUGUAAGAAGGACCAGAUGUGCGUUUGUGUGCUCUGCACUGAGACGGACCACAGGGCGCACUACACCGUCCCCGUGGAGCGGGAAUGGACAGAGAAAAAGGCGCUGCUGAAGAGAACAGGAAUAGACGUUCAACAGAUGAUCCAGGACAGAGUGAAGAAAGUGGAGGAGAUCAAACACUCUGUGGAGCUCAACAAAGCCAGUUCUCAGAGAGAGAUUGAGGAGAGCAUGCAGGUCUACUCCGAGCUGGUGCGCUCCAUCCAGAGAACUCAGGCCGAGCUGGUCUUGGCCAUAGAGGACAAGCAGAGGCAGACGGAGCGCUGGGCAGAAGGCCUCAUCGCGGAGCUGGAGCUGGAAAUCACUGAGCUGAGGAGCAGGAACUCAGCCUUGGAACACGUGUCCCGGGCCGACCACAUCCACUUCCUAAAGAGCUUCCCAGCCCUCAGCACUCCUCCAUCCGUUAAGGACUGGACUGAGACCAGUGUUCCCACGGACAUGUGCAUAGGCAUGAUCAGGAGAUCCGUGUCCAAACUGGAGGCAACGUUAAAUGAAAUGAUCGACAAACUGGCUGAAAGCGAGAUUCAAAAGAUUGUGAAAUACGCAGUGGACGUCACCCUGGACCCCGACACAGCCAAUCCAUGGCUGCAGCUUUCUCAGGACAGACAUCAGGUGAGACACCUGGGGGCGUGGCAGGACCUCCCCGAUCACCCCGACCGCUUCGACACGGUGGUCAUCGUCCUGGGCCGCGAAGGCUUCGCCUCCGGGAGACAUUACUGGGAGGUGCAGGUCGGCGAAAAGGACGACUGGUACCUGGGAGUGGCCAAGGCGUCGGUCAACAGGAAGGGGAGGAUCUCGGUGAGCACCACUCAGGGCUACUGGGCUCUGGCCAUGAAGAAGGACCAAGGCUACCGCGCGUCAACGUCCCCGCCUUCACAGCUCCGCCUGGAGCGCAGGCUCAGGCGAGUGGGCGUGUACGUGGACCACGAGGAAGGCCAAGUGUCCUUUUACGACAUGAGGGCCCGCACGCAUAUUUACACGUUCAGGGACACGUUCACAGAAAAGAUUCUGCCCUUCUUCUACCUGUACUGCUGCGACAAGGCCUCCGACACCAUCGCAAUCUGUGCUGUGAACGAGAAAGGCGUCAUCAGACAAAGCUAAGGACGUGUUUCCACUUCCCGAAGCAGAAACUGACUUUUACUGUGGCAGUGACCGUCGGAUGCUGUACAUUUAAAUAAUUAAUUCAUAUCAGACUAUGAGACUUUUACCACGUGUUAAUGGGACUAUAUGACAAUCUGUACAGUAUAGGUUAGCUUAGCUCAGGCUAAGGACAUGUAGAGGGGUGAAAGCACUAGCUGGCCUCUGUCCAAAGGGUGAACUAGCAAUAAACAUAGCAACAUGAACCUGCAUCUCUACAUAAACACUGGCUGGUGGUACAGUAGCUUUGUAUUUACCCCCAAACAUGAGACGAGUCUGAACUUUCUCAUAUAACAACCAUCAGCAGGUGUUGUAACUCCAAGCAGCCCGUUUCAGAGAAGGAACUGCUCCAUAUAAUUUGCAUGGUAACGUCGUGUGAGUGGCCUGUGACUAAUGUGGUAACAUGAUAACAAUAAAUGCCUCAAAUUCUCA